UCAAUUACAAGCCCUAAUUUGUGUCCGCAGAGCGUUUGUUACCCAUGUCAGCCCUGCCUGGCCCAUCAGACGGGGCAGAACGUGGAGGAGGAGGAGGAGGAGGAGGAGGGGGAGAGAAGGAACGCAUCUGCAGAAAGGAAUAGAAUUUUUUUUCCACUUAAAAAAACCCCAAAACAAUCCCCCCCCGCAACCAAAAAAAAAAAAAACCAAAAAAAAAAAACUUGGCUGAUAACUCGGAUUUAAAAAGAAAGGCGAGGAAAAGCCCCAGCCCCUUGCCUGAGCGGUCGGGAGGACGGGAGGGCGGCCGGCGCGGCGGGCCGGGCGCGGGUGCCGGUGCCGGCGGCCGCGGGGCGCCUGGAUGCGCGGGCUGUAGGGUGGCGGGCAUGGCCGACAAGCGGCGGUCCUCGCCAGGCACCACCAUGAGCCUCAAGGCUCACGCCUUCUCCGUGGAGGCUCUCAUCGGGGCCGAGAAGCAGCAGCAGCAGCAGCAGCAGCCGCCGCCGCCGCGGCAGCCCAAGCGGAGGAAGCUGGGCGGCGAGGACGAGGCGGCGGAGGACGAAGGCGGCAGCGGCUGCUGCGCCAAGAGCUCUCCCGCCACCGCUGCCGGCAGGACCUGCGGCGACAUGGACCUGGGCUGCGCCGGCCGCGGCCCCGCCGGCGAGGAAGGCUUCCUGGCGGGCUCCCCGCCCGCCUCUCCCGGCGGAUCCCCCAAGGGCUCGCGGCCCGGCUCGCCGCUGCCCACGCCGCAGGCGCCGCGCGUGGAUCUGCAGGGCGCCGAGCUCUGGAAGCGCUUCCACGAGAUCGGCACCGAGAUGAUCAUCACCAAGGCGGGAAGGCGGAUGUUUCCUGCAAUGAGAGUGAAGAUCUCAGGUUUAGACCCACAUCAGCAGUAUUACAUUGCUAUGGAUAUUGUGCCAGUGGAUAACAAAAGAUACAGGUAUGUUUAUCAUAGUUCCAAGUGGAUGGUGGCUGGUAACGCUGACUCCCCGGUGCCGCCUCGUGUUUAUAUUCACCCUGAUUCACCCGCCUCGGGGGAGACCUGGAUGAGACAAGUGAUCAGCUUUGACAAACUGAAGCUUACCAAUAACGAGCUGGAUGAUCAAGGGCAUAUUAUCCUUCACUCUAUGCAUAAAUAUCAGCCUCGUGUCCACGUCAUCCGAAAAGACUGUGGCGAUGAUCUGUCCCCUGUCAAGCCCAUUCCUUCGGGAGAAGGGGUGAAAGCCUUCUCCUUCCCUGAGACAGUCUUCACUACUGUCACAGCAUACCAAAAUCAACAGAUAACUCGUCUGAAGAUUGAUAGGAAUCCGUUCGCCAAAGGCUUCAGAGAUUCAGGCCGUAACAGAAUGGGACUGGAAGCUCUGGUAGAGUCUUAUGCCUUCUGGAGACCUUCGCUGAGGACACUUACAUUUGAAGACAUACCUGGGAUACCCAAACAAGGAAAUGCAGGUUCCUCUACUCUACUCCAGGGAUCUGGCAGCGCAGUUCCAUCCACCCACCCUCACCUUUUACCGGGCUCCCCUUGCUCAUCUCCAGCCUUCCACCUCAGCCCCAACACCAGCCAGCUGUGCACCCUUGCUCCAGCUGACUACACAGCCUGUGCCCGCUCUGGCCUGGCCCUGAACAGAUACAGCACUUCCUUGGCUGAAACCUACAACCGGCUCACCAACCAGAGCGGCGAGACCUUCGCUCCCCCAAGGACUCCCUCCUAUGUCGGCGUCUCGAGUAGCACAACUGUGAAUAUGUCCAUGAGCGGCAACGAUGGGGAUGCAUUCAGCUGCCCGCAGACUGGCUUAUCCAUGCAGAUUUCAGGGAUGUCUCCACAGCUCCAGUACAUCAUGCCUUCCCCAUCCAGCAAUGCCUUUACCACUAAUCAGACCCACCAAGGCUCCUACAACACGUUUAGGCUGCACAGUCCCUGUGCGCUCUAUGGAUAUAACUUUUCCACAUCCCCUAAACUGGCUGCCAGUCCUGAGAAAAUCGUUUCUUCCCAAGGAAGUUUCUUGGGGUCCUCGCCAAGUGGAACCAUGACGGAUCGGCAGAUGUUGCCCCCCGUGGAAGGAGUGCACUUACUUAGCAGUGGGGGGCAGCAGAAUUUCUUUGACUCUAGGACCCUAGGAAGCUUGACACUCUCAUCUUCUCAAGUGUCUGCACAUAUGGUUUGAUGAAGCCUUUAAGUAAAAGUACAGUAUGUUUGGUGUCUACAAUGUAUUUCUUUUGGAAUAUGAAAGGACACUCGAUGUAGCUUGUAAAGUGUGUGUAUAUAUAAUAUGAGAGGAAGUUUCACUGAGAUUUUGACUUGCUUGUGGCCAGAGUAUUCUCCUAUUUUGAGUUACACAGAGUUUGCUGCGGUGCAGACUGCUUUAGUUUUCUGGUAUAAUACACUUAGUUGUAUAACACGUUGGGACAUAUGCAACAAAUUAAGUAAGACUUCCUCCCCUUUCCCCCUCCUCUGUUCUAACCCCUUUAAAGAAUGAAGUGACACUUGGAGUAUUAAACAACACAAAAAAGCCCACUUAUAUUUCCUAUAGUACUAGUGAGUUUCUUUAAAACAUUUUAUACAAUAAGCUGAUGCACCAAAGACAUUUUACAAGUUUCUUCUGUUAUAAGGGAUACAAAGGGUAUUUGGACUUCUUAAUGUUAAGCAUCAAGCAUCCAGCCUAAAAUAGAAGUUUAGCUAAUGGAUUAUUUACAAAGUAAAUGGAAAGAUUAGUUUGCCUUUUCAUGAUAUGCUGGUUUUAGCUUAUCAAUGGCACAGCAUUCUCACUAGAAUUUGGUUUUUUUCAGCAUUAGUCUAGAUUUAGGAUUAUAUAUUUGAAGACAAGUAAUGCAUAUUUAAAUUGUGGUGAUAGGAAUAAUUCAAAUCAACAGCACUAGAAGCAGCAUUCCUUUGUAUGAAAUGAACAUUAGGGUGCUUAAUUUUUGUCAAAGGUAGGGCUUGAUGCAUUUUUUCCUCCAUAAAUAUUGCCUAUAAGACAUUUACUGGACAGUAGGAUAUUCUAAUGUAUCUUUGUUUUUGUAUUUUUACGUUUUUAAAGGAAAAUUCAGUUUGAUUUAGGAAAAAAAAAGUGAGCAGGAUGAGAAAUUCCAUUAUUGGUUUUAUCUGUUUUUGUGUGUGACAUGU